AUAAGAACUAAUGUUGCGCUUCAGGGUCCAGUGACCGAAGAAAUCACAUUUCGGUGCUGCUGUGUUUCCUUGCUGAAAGGUUGUGUAUCGCCAUCAAUGGCGAUCAUAGUUGGUCCGUUACCGUUCGCAUGCAGCCACCUUCAUCAUAUUGGUGAUGACCGACGUCGAGGUUUCACACCGUCACAAGCGAUUGCGAGAAGGGGCUUUCAACUCGUCUACACGUACUUGUUCGGAGCGUACGCCACGUAUCUUUUCCUGAAAAGCGGACACGCUUUUGCUCCAAUCGUGACACAUGCAGUGUGCAACUGCUUGGGGCUGCCAUUGUUUAACGAGAUCGGUACGUUCUCUAAGCGGUGGCAACGUGUUCUGCUUUGGACGGCAUACGCAUCUGGAAUGUGCGGCUUCAUUUUCCUGCUUGGACCAUUAACGAGACCAGAACUCUAUCAGAAUUGGUGA